ACUGCAACAGCCAACAUAAAUGGAGUUUGGGAUCUCAAUCUCUAAACUUUUAUAUCUUUUCUUAUUUGGAUGCUUCGGUUUGGAAGCUUUCACAAACUAUGGAUCCACUGCUCAACUCAUACCAGAAGAUGAAGUGAAAGUUCUAAAAACAAUAUCAUCGAAGAUAGAGAACUUGAAAUGGAAUGCGACCCCCCGUUCCUGUGUCGAUGAAGGAUUCAAAAAUGAGGCCUUUAAUACAGCAAAUAGCGUGACGAAUGUAACAUGCAAUUGCAGUUUCUCAUUUGGCAAAGUUUGUCAUGUUACAAAUAUCAUUGCCACGGGUCUCAAUUUAUCGGGACUUUUACCAAGUGAAUUUGGAUUCCUUACUUAUCUGCAAGAACUUGAUUUGUCUCACAAUUAUCUAAAUGGAUCAAUCCCAAGGAGCUUUGCUAGACUCCCUCUUGUUACAUUACGUCUUACGGCUAACGCAAUCAGUGGUUCAAUUCCAAACGCUUUUGGUGAAAUUACAACUUUAGAGGUUUUAGAUUUGGAAGAUAACCUGUUGGAAGGAACUCUUCCUUCUAGUCUCGGAAAAUUGACGCAGCUACGCAUGUUGGAUCUUUCUGGAAAUAACUUCUUAGGGGCAAUACCUGAAAGUUUUGGUAAUAUGAAAAAACUAGAAUAUAUCUCUUUAGAUGGCACCAACAUAUCAGGAAAAUUACCCAAUUUUAUUGGGAACUGGACCCAACUCCAAACAAUGCAUUUGCAGGGAACGUCCAUGGAAGGCCCCAUUCCUACAACCAUAUCUCACUUAACAAAUUUGUCUUCUUUCAUGAUAUCUGAUUUGCAUGGACCAGCGAUAAUGAGAUUUCCUAAUUUGACAAAUUUGAAGUCAUUGGAAUACCUGGUGUUGAGAAAUUGCUCCAUCCAUGAUUCCAUUCCAAAUUAUAUUGGUAAAAUGGAAAAAUUAUAUAAAGUAGAUUUGAGCUUCAACAAGUUGACCGGUAAAAUCCCAAAUAGUAUAAGUAGCUUGAGCUACCUAAAUUACAUGUUUCUAAACGAGAAUUCUCUGACUGGAAAUAUUCCUGAUUGGAUAUUGCGACGGCAAAAUUAUAAUUAUGAUUUCUCUUACAACAAUUUUUUAGAGACUUCUGCGACUACUUGUCAGUAUGGAGAUAUAAACCUAGUUUCUAGUCUAUCAUCUACAGCAAACACCUCGCAUACUUGCCUAAAAAGGGGCCUUCCUUGUAAAGGAAAACCCAAAUAUCAUUCAUUGUUCAUAAACUGUGGAGGAAAAGAUAUUGAAUAUAAGGGGAAUAAAUAUGAAGGAGACAACAAUCCUGGCGAUGACUCAUUCUUUCCUAAUGAAGAUAAAUGGGCUUAUAGCAACACAGCAGGAGUAUAUUACUAUGAUAGUUACAUAGUAACAAACAUAUAUUCCCUCAACACUAGUUCUGACCUCUACCAAACAGCUCGCGUUUCUCCUCUGUCUCUCAAGUACCAUGGCCUCUGUAUGAUUAAUGGACAUUAUAAAGUCAAGCUAUAUUUUGCUGAGAUUAUGUAUUCUUCUGACCAAAAUUUCUAUCACACUGGAAGGCGCGUAUUUGAUGUUUCAAUCCAAGGUAAGAACUAUUUGCAUGAUUUCAACAUUAUGAGGGAAGCUGGCGGCGUUGGUAAGGGCAUUGUCAAGGACUUUAAUGUUCAUGUUAAAGAUAACACCUUGGAGAUUCAUCUGUACUGGGCUGGAAAGGGAACUACCUCUAUUCCUUAUGAUAAUGGUGUGUAUGGACCUCUUAUAUCUGCUAUUUCAGUCACCCCAAAUUUCAAAAUUUCUUGGAUUUCUGGUGGAGUCAUUGCUGGAAUUGUGGUUGGGUCAUGUGUGUUCCUCAUCAUACUAAUAGUAAUAAUAUUCGUCCUCCGAAAAAUGGGCUUACUAGGUGGCAGCAAUUCAAAAGACAAACAACUUUUGGAUCUAAAGACGGGUUAUUUCUCUUUGAAACAAAUCAAAGAUGCCACUAAUAACUUCGCCCUAGAAAAUAAGAUCGGUGAAGGAGGUUUUGGACCGGUGUACAAGGGUAUACUUUCAAAUGGUGUUGUCAUAGCUGUGAAACAGCUUUCCUCUAAAUCAAAGCAAGGGAAUCGUGAAUUUGUUAAUGAAAUUGGAAUGAUAUCUGCUUUGCAACAUCCAAAUCUUGUAAAGCUUUAUGGAUGUUGCGUUGAAGGAAACCAAUUGUUGCUGAUAUAUGAGUAUAUGGAGAACAAUUGUCUUGCUAGUGCUCUUUUUGGUGGCCAAGGAAAAAAGAUGCACUUAGACUGGCCUACAAGAAUGAAGAUAUGCGUAGAAAUAGCAAGAGGAUUAGCUUAUCUUCAUGAGGAAUCAAGGCUGAAAAUUGUGCAUAGAGAUAUUAAGGCAACAAAUGUCUUACUUGAUAAAGAUUUGAAUGCCAAGAUCUCGGAUUUUGGAUUAGCCAAACUUAAUGAAGAUGAGAAUACUCAUAUAAGCACAAGAAUAGCAGGAACAAUUGGUUAUAUGGCUCCUGAAUAUGCAAUGCGAGGAUACUUGACUGACAAAGCAGAUGUUUAUAGUUUUGGAGUUGUUGCCUUAGAAGUUGCCAGUGGAAAAGCAACACAAGUUUACAGGCCAAAAGAGGAGUUUGUUUACCUUCUUGACUGGGCCUAUGUUCUUCAAGAGCAAGGAAACCUGCUUGAGCUAGUGGAUCCAUGUCUUGGUUCAAGCUACUCCUCACAAGAAGUCAUGAGAAUGCUGGAGCUGGCACUCCUAUGUACUAACCCAUCUCCAACUCUGAGGCCAUCCAUGGCCUCUGUCGUUUGCAUGCUUGAAGGAAAGUUGCCAAUCCAAGCCCUACGUCGAGAGAGUGAUCAACAGGUUUCCAGAUUCAAGGCCUUGGAGAUACAAUCAUCUCAAGAAAGCCAUACCCAAACCUUUAGUUCUUCUUCUAUAUCAAAAUCACAUGAAAAUGUGAAGCAAAUGAUUGAAGCAACGGAUUGUGCAUCAUCACAAUACAAUUGUAGUAGUUAAACCUUAGCUGCUUCUGCAUUCUCAUAUAAAAGUGUGAUGUGCUAAUUAGUUCCUCUGUUUUGCAGUUUAAAUGUGAUGUGUAAUUAGCACAAUGCACAGCAUUGUCUUUAUAUAUAUA